AAUGCCCUAAUUAUAGGAAUAGUUUUUUUUAUUAACAAUACCGCUCAUUAAUCAGAGAAGACAGUAUUUAAAUAUUAUCGAACUACGCAUACAAAAGACAGAAUUGGAAUACACUCUUAAUUAGAAGAGGAAGACAUAACAAUAUACUAUUAUCUACAGCUGAGCGCGAGCAAUAUAGAACCGGUUUUAACUGUAAUCGAAGAUAGGUAUUUGAAUUGAGGAAAACCCCGAAGUAUUGUGGCUUACUAAAGUCAACAAUCAAAAUCAAGUUUUAGUAUGCAAACCACCUCUGGCUUACGCUUAAUAAAAUGUUUAAAAUACUAGCUUUCUUUGCCGUUUUAAAUGUUGCAGUAUCUCGUUUUGUUGGUGAUGAGUGCAAAACAUCUGGCAAUGAAGGAACAUGUGUGUUAGUCAAUGAUUGCCCUGUGGCCAUUAGGGCAAUAAAAGAGAAUGAUCGCCAUCCAUAUAAGAGAUGUGGUUUUAGUGCUGAAAUUGAAAUUGUAUGUUGUCCUAAGACAGAAAUUCUAUACAAACCUACAAGGACCUCUACAAUAAGAACAGAAGAGAAAUUUGGUGGAAAUCGAGUUGCAGAUAUUCAAUGCAAGAAAAUAGUAGAUUCUAGUAUACCUCCAUUAGGAUUACACAUAAUCGGCGGUGAAACAGCGUCCCUCGGGGAAUUUCCGCACAUGGUUGCACUAGGAUACGAGCGCGAGGACGGUUAUGAAUUCCAAUGCGGCGGUUCACUUGUUUCCGAAUAUUAUGUUCUUACUGCGGCGCAUUGUAUAGACACACUGGACCAAGUAAAACCAAGCAUAGCGCGGAUGGGUGUGGUUGAAAUAGGAGGCAGUACGUUCAAUUCAGAAUCAGAUGUAAUGAUAGCCGAAUUAAAAUUGCACCCAAACUAUGCAAGAAAAGAGAAAUACCACGAUCUCGCUUUAAUUAAGUUACGAUCACCAGCUGAAUUGUCAUCUAAUUUGAAUGCGAUAUGCCUUUACACCCAAGAUGAUGACCCGCAAGUUGCUUUAACUGUCACGGGUUGGGGAAAAACCAGCACAACACGUGACAUAAAAAGUAAUAUAUUACUGAAGGCAAAUGUGUCUGUGGUCGAUAUAUCCAAGUGUGGCGAGUCUUAUACAAAUUGGCGGCGGCUGCCCAAAGGUAUUGCACAGACACAGAUCUGUGCCGGCGACGAGUUGGGACGACAUGACACCUGCCAGGGUGACUCUGGGGGGCCCCUCCAAGCUCUUACGGAGAGUGACGGGAACUAUCGGUUAAUCGGUGUGACGUCAUUCGGCCGCGGUUGUGCCUCUACAGUGCCUGGAGUGUACACGCGUGUCUCUGAGUAUCUCGACUGGAUCGAAAGUGUCGUCUGGCCAAAUGAAUCUUAAAACUUGUUUGAGGGAAUAGAUAAAUAUUAGCUUUUUCAAAUGUUCUAUAAAUGAAAUUUGUUCACUUGCCGCUAGUGGUACCUACAUGAUUUAUCCCAGUUUACAUUGUGUUCAUAGUUCUCUCUGAAAAGUUUGUUUUAAUCAAAAGCUGUCGUUUAUAUCGACCUUUAUAAUAAUUGUGAUGUUUAAUGUUUAAAAAAAAGAUCUUACACCUAAUUAAAACGUGUAGUAAAUACCGUGUUAUACCAUGGUUAAGAUGCCCAUAGAAAAACAAUGGUCACCAAUGCCAUACUAGACAUACUAUCGUAAGGCAGCGAUACGAAUUGCGAUAGUGUUCGUUAAUCUCCAUAAAUCUUAAAUACCUCAGAAGCUUUGCCAUGACUUUAACAUAGUAUAAAAAUGUAAGAUUUUUUGGUAAAAAAAACCUUUAUGUAUACUGCAGUUACAAAUUUAAUAAUAAUUGUACUACGUUUUGAGACAUAGUCACUUUCCGACAGGUGUGACCCAAUAUGUUCUAUGAGAUUAUUUUUUUAGCUCAUUCAUUAUCAUUUGCUUACGCUACGUCACGUAACCAUUUAUUUGUCUCUAGCCCCGUGUUUUGGACUAGAGAUGUCAUUGAGAAAUCACAAUGUAAAAAUCGUUUGACAAUUCACCUUUCACAUCCAAUUUUAAUAGAGAAAUGAAUGUACAGUACUCCCAAAUUCAUAAUGCGCUAUAUUUUGCGCGUUUUCGUAUUCGUGGAAACACCCGUAUCAUUAAAUCGUAAGAGCCCUAAACAAUGCACUUACAUUUUGCACCUUGUUCGAAAUAAAUAGUGAUAUAAGAGAAAACCUUUUAUGAAUAUAAGGUUUCAAUAAGCUAAAAUUAACAGUAAAAUAUGUUUUGGUUACAUUUGAUACAUUGACACAGACACUAACAAAACAGAUUCACAACAACAGAAACAAUGUCAUCAACUUAUUGCUGAUAGUUUCAAGCAAGAAGUUUACAUCGGAUAGGGAAACAAAAUCAUACACAUGUAUACAAAGUCAUGCACAUAUAUUAUAUAUAGUUUACACAAUCGAAAACUAUUCGGGCGGCCGCCGCCGCUAGCAUUAUUAGUUUGGGAGUACUGUAUAAGUUUGUAAUGUAACAAAAACAAAAAAAAUAUUUUUAAAUACAUAUAUAUUUUUUAUCAUAUUCACAAAUUCCUACAUUUUCUAUAUGCUGAUGCAUUAGUCACAACAAUGUUAAAGACUGCACUAAAAACCUAGAGAUUUUAAGAUUAUAAGUUCAAAAAUAUUUUAAUCAAAACACCUACAAUAUUGUAAACAUUUAAAAUAUUAACUAUAAAUCAAUAACUAACAUUUAUGUAAGAGUUUUAAGAAAUUUAAAUUUCCUAUUUGGAUAUAGUAAUCCAUUUUCUAAUCAUUUUUUGUACAUGUGUAAUGCCAUACAAUUAUAAAAAUGCUUAUGUUAAGAAUAUUAUUGAAAUAAUAUAUUUUAUUUCAACCAUACUUUAUUAAUUAUGACUAUUCAUGUGUUUUAAUAAAACAUUUUUCGAAUGUCCCUUCUGAGGAACAAGUUAAGAUCGAAGUAAGUUUCCAGAAGUGUUAUUUUUAUUAAAUCACUGGGAUCUCAAAACAUGUAACAUACAUUUUAUUUUAAAAGAAACAUUUCAAUUACUUAUUUAGAAACAUAGACAUAGAUUUUUUUUUAUUAUUUUACAAAACUACCAUUAUUAUUCUACUGUACUUGUAGUAACAAAUAUAAUGGAUACUAUAUAGUAUCCAUUAUUAUUAAUUAUUAAAUAUAUAUUUGAAAUAGCAUUUACUAAUUUUUAUUUAUUCUAUAGUAGAUUAUGUACUAAUGUUGACAGUGACUGUUCAAUGUAACUAUUUUUAUCACUGAGUGGUUGAUCAACAUCAGUAACAUAGAUAUUAUUGCAAAAACAUGUUAAUGAGAAUGUAGUAUUUCUUUUAAGUGCCAUUGUGUCUAGU